CGCGGCUUGCUUCCUGCCACCAUCUAACUGUUGUGACGCCCUAGUCGUCGCCGUCUACCCGGAGCAUGACGGUCGACUGUUCGUCCCUAACAUGUACGACAGUAGCGGCUUCUGCUGAGCCUAUCUCGUCCGAAUGCCCUCCAGAGCAGCAACUCCCACCCCGCGUGCUGCAAGCAUCGCCUUUAGACGUGUAUCCCCACACGUUCCUCCCUAACAUCGAUACGCGGAAGCUUCCAUCACCCCCGGACGGUGACUCCGCCUCCGAGUACUCCUUCCCAAGAUGCGUCUCGCCCGACCGAUACUUCUCCCUCUUCCCUUCAUGGCGGCUCGGCAUCCACCUGCACGGCCAGCACGAGAUGCGCCCGGUCGAUCUCGCGUACUUCCGCCCCGACGCGGAUGUAUGCAAGGAGGUCUUUCUCAUAAUCUACACUGAGCAGCCCGAACCGCGCGACCGCCAUUGGGGCUUACGCUGGGUGGUUUCCGCACGCUCGAACCCAGACCGCCUGGCCAACCGUGCUGCUCGAUGUCUCGAGCUGUACGCGCACGUCCGCAGCAAGCAUCUCGUCAACUGGGGACCGAUCACGCAGCAGCACCAUCUCUACGUCGCGCACCAGAUCUCCUCGAUCAGCCUCGGCGUAUUGACGCUGGAGCAGCGGAGGCAGCUGGAGGCGAUCGCCUGGAAUGUACCGAUAUGCCUUCCGGAUGGGGAGUGGAACUGCCAGAACUGGGUAUGUGCGGUGCUCGUGAUUGCAGUAGCGAGAGGGGUCCUGGAUGGUGGGCGCGUACGCAGCGUCCUCGAUCGAGCGUUGCAGAAGGAAGUCCGAAGCGAUCCGUCACCUUUCGAGCGGCGUAAAAGCAGCGAUGUUGCUUCCCUUUAAAGGUGUUCGCUCAUUGACAUGACACUUGGUUACGAUCUAUAGGUACGUUACGCAUGAUAUCAAUACCCUCGCACGACCCGACACGCAGUACAUAUAGACUGUAUAGUACCGACCAACCGUAAUGUACGAUUAACUCAUGCAUCCAUUGUUCCUCAU